GCACGAACAUAAUUUGUCAACCAUUCCAUCCUCCAAACUUUUGCGUCCCUCAAUCUAAUUCUCUAUUAAAUCCAUAAUUAACCCAUUAAAUCAAACAGCUACAAUUCGUCUAUCACAUGGUUGGUCAGAUUUUUCAAACACUGCUCACUCAUCACAUUUGGCAGCUCAAUAGCCUCAACUAUAUUCGAUACUCACCUAAGACAAACCUGUCCACACUUCUCUCCUCCUCAAACCUCGAUCCCCAAUCCUCUCUCUCUCCAGUUGACUUCGACCAUCCUCUAUUAAUACGCCUGGUCGUUGCAUGACAUCGUCUUCUCUUCUCAAGAGAACUACUCCAUCCUCUACCUCUUCGUCUUCUAUCCCCCUUUCUUGCUCACAUCAAGACCAGCGCCAUGAGCAACUUCCUGAGCAUGACAGAGCACCAGCUGCCGCCAGGCUUCCGCUUCCACCCGCGAGACGAAGAGCUCGUUUGCGAUUACCUCCAACCCAAGCUCAUGGCAGGUAGCACCUCUUCCUACUUCCCCAUCAUCAUCAUCGACGUCGACCUCAACAAGUGUGAGCCAUGGGACCUUCCAGACAUGGCAUGUGUUGGGGGCAAGGAGUGGUACUUUUUCAGCCUUCGCGACCGGAAGUAUGCUACUGGACACCGUACGAACCGAGCAACCCAAUCGGGAUAUUGGAAGGCAACAGGAAAGGACCGUCUAGUGAAGAGAAAGGAAGUCUUGGUAGGUAUGAGAAAGACGUUAGUGUUCUACAAAGGAAGAGCCCCCAAGGGACGAAAGACUGACUGGGUCAUGCAUGAGUUCCGCAUGGAAUCUGAGUUAGACUCUGAUUCGUCUUUCGGUCCACCAAAACUCUUCGACUCAAAGCAGGAAGACUGGGUCUUGUGCAGAGUGUUCAGCAAGAGCAAAAGAGAUACCUCCAAACCAACCAUUGAGACUUCUAGCUAUCAUGACAUAUCUCUGCCUCCUCUGAUGGAAUCCUUCAUCGCCAUGGACCCAUCGAGCUCCGAGGGGAAUGAGCAAGUGCCCUGCUUCUCCCAUCUCAUGCCAGCGAGGACGACAAACUCGAUUAGCCCCCAAGAUGUUUUAGCCACUCCUUUGUCUCAGACUGCAAUAUCUGAACAUGCAGAUGGGAUGAAGCUCGUGUCGAAUCACUUCACCAAAAUGGAGGUCAACUCGGAAAGGGAUUUACCUCCUGAUCUGCCUCAAGGAAGCUUGGAGAGCUACUUGUCUGACUAUUGCUUGUCUCAAGUGUGGAACACUUUUUAAUUGGAACUGCAGCGCAAUUAUGAAUUCAAUUAGGAACCAAUUUGUGCAUGACCUUGCACAACCUGUAGACACAUGCUAGUAAUUGUUUGACAAAACUUUAAAAUGUAUAUAGUUGUUUCCUAAUUGAAGAAUGAAAAGGUGUGCUAUAUAUACUGUUUA